AUGUCCGGGAUUUGGUGCAUUUUAUUCCUUGGUGGCUGGCUGGCGUGGUCGGGAGGAGCUGAUGGCCCGGGAGCUGUCGUCAGGAUUGAUCUUGGAAUGAUUGAUCACGCGAUCUCCGCUGCUCUGAAUGAGAGUGAUGUUCUGCAGAAAAUGGCAGAGGAAGCCGCAAAAAAAAAGCCAAACACCAAACCCAUCAAAGGCAUCUCGGGGUUCAAAGUGAAAGAUCUCCGUCCCCCGGUGAUAUCGCUGGCGCUCUCGCCAGGCUCGGGGGUCUUCAUGGCUGUCUUAGUCCAAAUGACCAUCGCUGGGAAAAGCAUGCGGCCCAAAGUCAUGAGCAAGUUUCUGGAUGGCACCCUCCAGAAAGUGCUGCCAGGGCUGCUAUGUCCAGCUGUGGAUGCGGUGCUCAACCUUGUGAAUGCAAAAUUCACCACCUUGACUUCCGAGAUCCCUCUUGGGACUGCCGGGACCCUCCAGUACGCUUUGCUGAACCCCCCUGUGACGAAUGAAACUUUCGUAGAGCUGGAUUUGAAGACCAUUCUCCAUCAAAAGGAGGGAAAGGAGGUUGACCUUCCCACAGACCAGCCGUCUCUUGGUUCUCUGCCACCGAAGAGGGAUGCUGCUACCCAACUCAUCCUCUCUGCAAACUUCUUGAGCGCUGAGCUCUCUGUUCUGCAGGCAUCCUUCAACCUGAACAUAAGCAAUAACAUGGUUCUUGGGCUUCCCCCACUGGUGACCACGAUGCUUGGAGCCCUCAUCCCCGAGAUUUCCAGGGUGCUGCCUCCGUCACAACCAGUGGUGAUUGAAGUGCAAGAAGCGAAAGCACCAGUGGUGACCAUAACCCGGGAGAAAAGCUUUGUGCAGCUCUUCAGCACCGCCGAGUUUUGGGUUUCCCCUUCAGACUCUGCUCCGGAAUCCCUCUUCGUCCUGGAUGUUCACAGCAACCUGGAGGCACAGUUUGCCAUUGCAGAAGAAAAGCUGCGGCUCUCCCUCGCUCUGCAAAGUGUGUCUCGGAUGGCCUUGGCUUCCUCCUCCCUCGGGAUGUUUGACGAGCUGCCGCUGAAAGGAGUUUUAGCAGAUAUUAUACACGAGGCUUAUGUGCCAUCGAUCAACAGGGUGCUGCGUGGAGGGAUCCCCUUGCCCGACCUGCUGGGCAUCACCUACCAGCGGGCGAACAUCAGCGGGUCCGAGAACGCUCUAGUGCUGGACGUGCCCGUCACGGAGAGCUGAGGAGCGGGGAGGUACGGCUGCAACCCACCGCCGCUGACAGGACCCAGCAGGACCGGCCAGGAGAGGCAGCAGCGAGGGUGCCGGAGUCCCUGGGGCAUUUCUCCCUCUUUCCUUCACUUUUUAAUAAUUUGACUCCACAAGCCGAAAUAAAAACAUCCCGUCGCCCCAUGACGAGACUCUGGCCUGCCGUCUGUCUAGUGGAGCCGGCCGGGUGUGUCUGGGCAGAGGUUGUGUUUCUUGGAAGGAUUGUUCCCUAAAUAAAUCACUUUUGCAGCAGAAAUAGCCGGUUUAUUAGCACCCACGUCUCCUGCGGGAUUGGGGUACCAGCAUGGCCCCCCCCCUGCUCCCAGGGGGAGCCAGGGAUCUCGGCUGCUCCCAUGUGCUGCCAGGGAGUGUGUCUGCAGUCGUGUGUGGGGAAUCAGGACUGCUCAGAAUGAGUGAAGGGUGGGCAUUUAGGCAUCGCCGUGCAUUUUUUAAUAUUUCAGAAGUGCCGAGCAUCGUGGUUUAUCGGCUGCAUUGCAGAUAUUGAUCCCAAGCGUGUAGUUCACUG